AGUGAAUGGGGCGUGUCCGGAGGGUCAGUUCAAGUGUACGUCUGACGGCUCUUGCAUCUCCGUGGAGAACCGCUGCGAUGGACUGAUGCAAUGUGACGAUGGCUCCGACGAGGAUGGAUGCCCUUGCCGGGACUACGAAUGGACUUGCCGCGACGGAAGGUGCAUCCCCGACGCCGGCCGCUGCGAUGGAACCCUAGACUGCCCUGACCGCUCAGACGAAUAUGAGUGCCCUCCUCGUGGUUGCGGUGCUGACCAGUGGGAGUGUAAUGACGGCUCGUGUGUGGCCCUGAGCGACCGCUGUGACGGCCGCUCUCAGUGCCUCGACCGCUCCGACGAAGAGAAUUGCCCGACUGUCCCUCUUCCCGGUUGCCGCAGUGAUGAAUUUACUUGCGGGGAAGGCUCGUGUGUGCCUCAGCGGGACAGAUGUGACGGUACGAUGCGCUGCCCCGACGGUUCAGACGAGGAAGGAUGCGCGCCACCACCGUGCGGCGUGACGGAGUUUACCUGCGGGGACGGCUCGUGUAUUCCUGAUUCCCAGCGAUGUGACGGGUACCGGGACUGCCAGGACAACUCCGAUGAAUACAACUGUCCGCCCGUUGGUUGCAGUGCUGACCAGUGGGCGUGUAAUGACGGCUCGUGUGUGGCCCUGAGCGACCGCUGUGACGGCCGCUCUCAGUGCCUCGACCGCUCCGACGAAGAGAAUUGCCCGAUUGUAACCCCUCCCACGUGCGCUCCGGGGCACUGGCCGUGCGGUAGUGGCGGCUGCAUCCCGGAGUCUGCUCGCUGCGACGGAUACCAACAGUGCCACGACGGAUCGGAUGAGCGAGGCUGCCCAAGCUGUGGCCCCGGGGAUUUCUCGUGCGGCGACGGGACGUGUGCGCCGCAGAGUGCUCGCUGCAAUGGUGUCCGCGACUGCUGGGACAACUCCGACGAGGCUGACUGCCCCGUGUGUCAGCCUGGCUACUGGACAUGUCGUGACGGUAAUUGCAUCCUGGAGACGGCCCGCUGUGAUGGCUACCCGCAGUGUUACGACUACUCCGACGAACACGACUGCCCUCCCCCUUGCCUUGACGAGGAGUGGACUUGCACCAACGGCUCGUGCAUCCCGCAAGAGGCUUGGUGUGACGGCCGCGAGGACUGCCCAGACCACUCGGACGAGCUGGACUGUGCCGAGCAAGGGUGUGGCCCAGGCGAGUGGCAGUGUAGGGACGGAAGCUGCCUCCCCAUUCAGGGCCGCUGUGAUGGCUACCCUCAGUGCUGGGACCGGUCAGACGAGGAUAACUGUCCCCCGUUCUCGUGUCGCGAGGGGGAGUUCACCUGCUCAGACCGGACGUGUAUUCCUGAGCGAAACCGCUGUGACGGCCGCCGAGACUGCAGCGACGACGAAGAGAACUGCCAGCUACCACCCUGCGGCAGUAGCGAGUGGACAUGUUCCGAAGGAUCUUGCAUACCCCAAGAGCUGCGAUGCGACCGUCGUUAUGACUGUCCAGACUACUCCGACGAGUAUAACUGUGAGGAACAAAGAUGCCGAGAGAACGAGUGGCAGUGUAACGAUGGGGUUUGCAUCCCAGGUCAGGCCCAGUGCGACAACCGGUACGAUUGUCUGGACCGAUCCGACGAGGAGAACUGCAGAGGAAGAUGCGGGUUUGGUGAGUUUGAGUGCGAGGGUGACGGCUCCUGCAUCCCUGAAACGUCCCGCUGCAACAACCUUCAGGAGUGUCCCGACGGCUCGGACGAACGCGAUUGCCGGCCAACCUGCAAGCCUGAUGAGUUUGCCUGCGCUGACGACGGCACUUGCAUCCCUCUCCGCGUGGUCUGCGAUGGACAACCUUACUGUCGAGACGGGUCCGAUGAGCUCAACUGUGACCCAACCCAACCCCCCACUCCGUCUACGUGCCGCUCCCCAACCGCUUUCCGCUGCAGCAAUGGCUUCUGUAUAGGUGCAGGCCAGCGUUGCGACGGGACCACUGACUGCCAGGACGAAUCAGAUGAGAAAGACUGUCCACCUUCGUGCACGAAUAACGAGUUUCGGUGUGGCGAUGGUGCUUGCAUCCCCGUGGAGGAUAAGUGCAAUGGUCAGCCAGACUGCGGAGACCGGUCGGAUGAGGAAGACUGUACUCCCACCUGCCGCCCCGAUCAAUUCCGCUGUGACGAUGGUACUUGCUUCGAGGGGUGGCAGAAAUGCAAUGGGUACAAUGAAUGCUCCCGCGGCGAGGAUGAGCGAGGUUGCCGUCCCGUGCUUUUUGAGUGCAACAGCGGCCACUUGAUAGACCAGCAGUACCGGUGCAAUGGGCGGGUCGAGUGUCCCUUAGAUCAGUCCGAUGAGCUGGGAUGCCCAUGCCAGUCCGGGCAACACCAGUGCGAGAGGGACGGCACGUGCAUCAGCGAGUCCCAGGUGUGUGACGGCCGACCGGACUGCAGCGACGCCUCCGAUGAGCUGAACUGUGCAGCACCGAUUUGCGGCAGAGACGAUUGGCAGUGCUCAGACGGACAGUGUAUCCCUCGGGCCUAUCGCUGUGACGGCCGCCAGGACUGCAGUGACAAUUCUGAUGAGACUGUCGAGUGCUGGCCACCUUCCCGUACGACAACCCCACAAACACCAAGCUGUCCGGCUGGGCAGUUUGAGUGUCAGAGUGGCAGGUGCAUUCCCUCGGCCUACCGCUGUGAUGGCGUGGAUGACUGUGAUGAUGGGUCUGACGAGUGGGAGCAGCAGUGCACUCAAGUGCGGUGUGAGAGCAACCAGUUCGCAUGCUCCUCUGGGGAAUGUCUUGCUCUGGACAAAAGGUGUGAUAAAGUGACAGAUUGCAUUGACCUUUCUGAUGAGCUUGGAUGCCCAGGCCAACAAGUGGAAUGUUCGGAGAUGGAAUUCAGGUGCUCGGACGGCUCGUGCAUAGAGAAGGCCUGGCAGUGCGAUGAGGUUCCCGACUGCCCGGAUAGCUCCGACGAACAAUAUUGCUGUAAGACCGAUGAGUUCAAAUGUGGCGAUGGCUCCUGCAUCCCAGACUACUUUAGGUGCGACAGGAAUUUCGACUGCACCGACGGCUCAGACGAACGGGAGAACUGCGACUGUGGCCCCAACGAGUUCCAAUGCAUCAGCGGCGAUUGUGUGUCCAACAACGUCGUCUGUGACCGCAAGGAAGACUGCCGGGACGGGUCGGACGAGAAGAACUGCAGCUGUGGGAGCAUUGAGUGGCAGUGUGAGGCAGGCGAUUGUAUUUACCCGACACAAGUUUGUAAUGGUGUGCGGGACUGCUCGGAUGGGUCAGAUGAGAGAGGGUGCCCAGAGUCCUCCCAGCCUUGCUUUGACAACCAGUUUCGAUGCAGCACUGGCGAGUGUAUCGAUAACUCGCAGCUCUGUGACGGUUUCGAUGACUGUGAUGACGGGCAGGAUGAGAGAUUUUGUUACACCUCCUCCCGCCCCUUCACCACCAACCCUCCUGUUCUUGUCCCUGAGAGCACAGGUAUAAACACAUGCGGGUCGGGACAGUAUCAGUGCAACAACGGUCAGUGUAUCUGGGAGGAGAGCCGCUGCGAUGGGUACCCGGACUGUGAAGACGGCACAGACGAAAGUGGAUGCCCUCAAAUCACCACCACCACCGUACCCCCGCCCCCUCGUACCACCACACCCCCGCCCCCUCCCCCACGUUGCGGCCCCAGACAGUUUCAGUGCUACGACGGCGAGUGUGUGCCCGGGAGUGCUCGCUGUGACCGUCGCUAUGAUUGUCGCGACGCUUCUGAUGAGCUCGGCUGCCCCACCGCCACACCUGAACCAAACGUCUUCCAGUGCCAGGACGGACGCACCAUUGACCAAUCCCUGCGCUGUAAUGGCCGCUGGGACUGUCCUGACGGCUCUGAUGAAUCUGGCUGUGUUGGUCAGGGCGUGAUCGACAUCAAGACGUACCCUAACCAGCAGACCAUCCAGCAGAGCAGUCCAGGCAGUAUAUUGCUCUUUUGUUUCUGUUCCUCUUGGAUGAGCACCAAAACACACGCGUACUAGGCUAUAUUCCCCUUUUUCACAUUUGUCUUCUUCUACGUUCCUAUAGUUGUCUGAUAGUUUCUCUAUAUAUAUUUUGUAUCAAGCAGUCAGGCAGAAUUUUAUAUACUAUCAUGGUUACUCUAACUAGGCUAUUCUUCUCUUAUUUUUCACAUAUGUCUUCUUCUACGAACCUUUCUAUAGUUGUCUGGCAAAAAAAUGGCCACUUACAUUACUUUGUGGUGAAUCAUGGCUCUAUUCUUUCACCCAUUCGUCUAUAUGCAAAGUUCAGGCCAGUUUAAAUAGCAAUAAAGUUUGUUUUUCAUCCCCUCUGGCAAAAAAAUGGCCACUUACCUUACUCUGUGGUGCAUCGUGGCUCUAUUCUUUCAUCCAUUUAUCUAUAUGCAAAGCUCAGGCCAAUUGUUUCUCAUCCCCUAUGGCCAAAAAAAUGGCCACUUACCUUACUCUGUGGUGCAUCGUGGCUCUAUUUUUCAUCCCUUUGUAUAUCUAUGGCGACGAUACACAGGCAACAACAUUUCUGAGCCUAUCCAAUAACUAGUUCGUAAGAUGAAAACCCUUGAAAAAUAUGAUGUUUAAGAGCAUGAGUGUCUACUGUAACAUAAGAAUCCAUCCUCAAACACCUCCUCGUCCUUCCUCCUAUCACGCGUAAACCCCCCAAAAUUCAAUUGAUGUGAUAUAUAUAUAUA